UCUUAACAGAUGCAGCAGCUUUUUUAUGAGAAUUAUGAACAGAACAAAAAGGGUUACAUCAGAGACCUCCACAGCAGUAAAAUUCAUCGAGCCAUCACGUUACACCCCAACAAAAACCCACCCUACCAGUACAGACUUCACAGCUAUAUGCUCAGUCGCAAGAUAGCUGAGCUUCGGCACCGCACAAUUCAGCUCCACCGAGAGAUAGUGCUGUUGAGCAAGUACAGCGACACUGAGGCUCACAAGGAGGACCUUCAGCUGGGGAUCCAGCCCUCAUUCUUGAGGUUCCAGCCCCGCCAGCGGGAAAAGAUUUUGGAAUGGGAGUUUCUUACUGGGCAAUACUUGUACUCAGCUACAGAGAACCAGCCACCUCUAAGAGGAAUGGACUCUGCACAGAGAGAAGCUUUGGACAACAUUGUCAUGCAGGUCAUGGAGAUGAUCAAUGCCAAUGCCAAGACCAGGGGCCGUGUUAUAGACUUCAAGGAGAUACAGUAUGGCUACCGCCGAGUGAACCCCAUGUACGGGCUGGACUUGCUGCUUCUGUAUAAGAAGCACAAAGGGAAAAAGAUGACCGUCUCUGUGAGGCGGCAUGCUUACUUACAGCAGACAUUCAGCAAGAUCCAGUGUGUAGAGCACGAGCAGCUGGACGCAACAGAGCUGACCAACAGAAUUAACCAGGAAUCCGGGUCUUUAUCCUUUCUCUCCAAUUCCCUAAAGAAGCUUGUUCCAUUUCAGCUGCCUGGCUCAAAAACUGAACCCAAAGAACCCCGAGAUAAGAAGAUAAACAUUCUCAUUCCUUUGUCUGGACGCUUUGAUAUGUUUGUGAGGUUCAUGGGGAACUUUGAGAAGACAUGUCUCAUCCCAAAUCAGAAUGUCAAGCUUGUGGUCCUGCUUUUCAAUUCUGACUCCAACCCUGACAAGGCUAAGCAGGUUGAGCUGAUGAGAGAUUAUCGAGUUAAGUAUCCGAAGGCUGACAUGCAGAUUCUGCCUGUGUCUGGAGAAUUUUCCAGAGCCCUGGCCCUGGAGGUAGGCUCCUCUCAGUUUAACAAUGAGUCUUUGCUCUUCUUCUGUGAUGUUGACCUCGUGUUUACGACAGAAUUCCUUCAGCGAUGUCGAGCAAAUACAGUGUUGGGCCAACAAAUAUACUUCCCAAUCAUCUUUAGCCAGUAUGAUCCAAAGAUUGUUUAUAGUGGGAAAAUUCCAAGUGACAACCAUUUUGCCUUUACUCAGAAAACUGGCUUCUGGAGAAACUAUGGGUUUGGCAUUACCUGUAUUUAUAAAGGUGACCUUGUCCAAGUGGGCGGCUUUGAUGUUUCCAUCCAGGGUUGGGGGCUUGAGGACGUGGACCUUUUUAACAAAGUGGUCCAGGCAGGAUUGAAGACAUUCCGGAGCCAAGAAGUGGGAGUGGUUCAUGUCUACCACCCUGUCUUUUGUGAUCCUAAUCUUGAUCCCAAGCAGUACAAAAUGUGCUUGGGAUCCAAAGCCUCUACCUAUGGGUCCACACAACAGCUGGCUGAAAUGUGGCUAGAGAAAAACAUUCCGAGUUACAGUAAAAACAGCAAUAAUAAUGGCUCUGUGAGGACCGCCUAGUAUCCAGCUCUGCUGGAACAAGACAUUUUUAAUUAUCUAAUUUAUUUUUCAGAAAUUUUUUUGUAUGACCUGUUUUUGAAGUCCACACAAGGAUAUAUUUUGCAAAUGAUUUUCUUAAAAGGACUCCUUUAACUUUGAGCUUUUUUGAACAAAAAUCUAAUUGUUUGCCUUUGAAUACAUCUCUUGCUGAACAUUAUAUAGCAGGCCUGCUUAAUUAUGACUUGAAAUGUCAUAAUUGAAAUGAUGAACAACCUUUUUAUGAUAUUUCCUUCUCAGACCC